CCAUAUCGUCUCUGUAGCUUACAUUCGACCCUUUUCGUGGACUACACGAUCUGUCUCUCUCUCUCACUCUCUCUCUUUCUCUAAAAAUAAAAGCUUCAAUCUUUUCUCUCUCUUUUUUUUUUUUUGGAAUUAAAAGGUUAUAAACCUUUACCCUUUUUUUUUUUCUUCUCUCCCUUCACUAUCGAUUGCUGAAAAUAUAAAUCUGAAAGAAUGGAUCAAGAUCAGCAUCCUCAGUACGGUAUACCGGAGCUCCGGCAGCUCAUGAAAGGCGGAGGGAGGACGACGACGACAUCACCGUCUACUUCUUCUCAUUUUCCUUCUGAUUUCUUCGGCUUCAACCUCGCUCCGGCGCUGCCGCAACAACCGCACCGUCUUCACCAGUUCACUACCGAUCAAGAGAUGGGUUUCUUGCCACGUGGCAUACAUGGACUGGGUGGUGGAAGUUCCUCGACGGCUGGAAACAACAACAGUAACUUGAACGCGAGUACUAGUGGUGGUGGUGGUGGAGUUGGGUUUAGUGGGUUUCUAGACGGUGGAGGUUUCGGCGGCGGAGUAGGAGGAGACGGCGGAGGAACUGGAAGGUGGCCUAGACAAGAAACCCUAACUCUGUUGGAGAUUAGAUCUCGUCUUGAUCAUAAAUUCAAAGAAGCUAAUCAAAAAGGACCUCUCUGGGAUGAAGUUUCUAGGAUUAUGUCCGAGGAACAUGGAUACCAGAGGAGUGGAAAGAAGUGCAGAGAGAAGUUUGAGAAUCUUUACAAAUACUAUAGGAAGACUAAAGAAGGCAAAGCCGGAAGACAAGACGGCAAACAUUACAGAUUUUUCCGGCAGCUUGAAGCGCUCUACGGCGAUUCCAACAACUUGGUUUCUUGUCCCAAUCAUAACACGCAGUUCAUGAGCAGUGCUAUUCAUGGUUUCCACACGCAAAACCCUAUGAACGUUACUACAACAACGUCCAACAUUCAUAACGUUGACAGUGUUCAUGGAUUUCAUCAAAGCCUUAGUCUUUCUAACAACUACAACUCCUCCGAGCUGGAGCUGAUGACUUCUUCGUCGGAAGGGAAUGAUUCUAGUAGUCGAAGGAAAACGAGGAGUUGGAAAGGGAAGAUCAAGGAGUUCAUUGAUGCGAACAUGAAAAAGUUGAUAGAGAGGCAAGAUGUUUGGCUUGAAAAGUUGACAAAGGUUAUUGAAGACAAAGAGGAACAACGGAUGAUGAAAGAAGAGGAAUGGAGGAAGACUGAAGCUGCACGGAUUGAUAAAGAGCAUUUGUUUUGGGCUAAAGAGAGGGCGCGAAUGGAAGCUAGGGAUGUAGCAGUUAUUGAGGCGUUGCAAUACUUGACAGGAAAGCCAUUGAUAAAGCCGCUAUGUUCGUCUCCGGAAGAGAGGAUUAAUGGUAAUAAUGAGAUCCGAAACAAUAGUGAGAAUCAGAAUGAGAAUGGAAGCGAUCAAACAAUGACUAACAAUGUUACUGUUAAAGGAAGUGGUAGCUGCUGGGAUGAGCAAGAGAUUAUAAAGCUUAUGGAGAUAAGAACGAGCAUGGACUCGGCAUUUCAAGAGAUAUUGGGAGGGUGCUCGGAUGAAUUUCUAUGGGAAGAGAUUGCAGCGAAGUUAGUUCAGUUAGGGUUUGAUCAGAGAAGUGCCUUAUUAUGCAAGGAAAAGUGGGAAUGGAUAAGCAAUGGAAUGAGGAAAGAAAAGAAGCAAAUCAACAAGAAAAGGAAGGAUAAUUCGUCCAGCUGCGGUGUAUACUAUCCAAGAACAGAAGAAAAUCCAAUCUACAACAAUCAAGAAAGUGGAUAUAAUGACAAUGAUCAGCAUCAGAUGAACGAACAAGGCAAUGUAGGUUCUUCAACAUCAAACGCAAACGCAAACGUAACCACUGGAAAUCCGAGCGGCGCAAUGGCAGCUAGUACAAACUGCUUCCCGUUCUUCAUGGGAGAUGGAGAUCAGAAUUUGUGGGAAAGUUAUGGUUUGAGGCUCAGUAAAGGAGACAAUCAGUAAGUAAUGUGUCUCAAUGAAGAAGAAGGUAAUCAUUUGGUUAACUAAUUCUUUUGAGUUAGCUAUAUAUGAGAAAAACCUUAACUUAGCUAUUAAUAUAUGUCACAUGAUGCUUAGAAUCAUAAAUGGAAUAUUUGUUGGGGCUUAACGAAUUUAUAUCAGCAUGUAUAAGAUGAAUUGUCUAAGAAUUAAAUCAAAUUAGGCUUUAACCAACGGUUAUAUACUAUGUUUAAUUUGCAUGUGCUUAUUUUGUAAGACUUUUUAUAUCAAUC